AUGGUAUCUGACCCGCCGGCGUCUGGUUCGGCUCUUCCUCCCAGCAUCACAUCCACUCCCUCCCAGAAAUCUCCAUGGUUUGCAACUUCGACGAACAGCCCUGCCCGAAACUCUGUGUCAUGCGAAGUCGUUAAUGGCAUCGCAAAAACUACAAUCCCAGCGGAUAUUCUCAGCAAUGCUCAGCCUCUCUGGACUAUCUACAUCAUUGGUUACUUCAUUGGGGAUGCCCCUCACAUUAGCAAGACUGUUCGUCCGGCUUUUGGUUGUCUUCUAGAAACACGAGUUCAAGAAACCAACUAUCCUAACAUUCUUGACACUGUUUUUACGAGGUGGAGUUCCACCACAAACUAUGACUUACACCGUCUUGGUCGCAUCUGGGUUAUCUGGUCUGAUGUUGUUUCUAUCUCUCCGCUAUAUAAGAGUCCGCAAGUCAUCACAAUUGAGGUCACUUAUGCAUCAGGUCUUUCGUUUGUUUGCUCUUGUGUCUAUGCCUCGAAUUUCAGUAAUGAUCUAAGGGUCUGGCAGGAGCUUCGUGGUACUAAUGAGUUUUUACGAGGGACAAAUACCCCUUGGAUCAUUAUGGGGGACUUUAACCAAACUUUAUCUUCUGAUGAGCAUUCUAGAGCAGCUGACUAUUUUGGAGAUCAGUCGGCUAUGAGAGACUUCCAACAAUUUGUUACUGAUUGUGAAGUUAUGGAUCUCGGAUACGUGGGCUCUCAUCAGUUUACUUGGUUGAAUCAGCAAGAGGAGAACUGUAACACCCGUGUUCGUGAAAACCUUACUAAGUUGGAAAAUUUGGUUAAGGGAAGUAUGGAAAAUGUAAGCUGGCCGCGAUUUUUGGGAAGUUUAGCUGGGAAAUUCCGACAAACCGAGUUUUUCGGGACUUUGUCGGAAUUCGGACAAGGUUGGUCCGGAACAGACAGUUUUGUCGAGAACGGGUGCGCGCAGGAGCGGUUAUCAGGUGAAAACGCGAUAAGGCAUAGGAAAUUGAAGUCUUUGAAAGUUCAUCUCCGCGAACUUAAUCUUAGCAGAUAUGGGGAUAUUACGAGAAGGACUAGCAAAGCAUUUGACAAUAUUUGCGAGAAGCAGCAGCAGACUCUUCAUAACCCUUCUUCAGAGAACAUUGCUGCAGCUGAUGCAGCUUCUUCGCUUUGGCACCACUAUUCUGCAAUUGAAGAGCGCUUCUUUCAGCAGAAAUCUAGAAUCACUUGGCUGAAAAAUGGAGAUUCAAACACUAAGUUUUUUCACCGUGUGGCUCAAGGGCGUCGGUCCAAAAAUUCUAUAAACAAGCUUUUAAAUGCAAAUGGGAAUACCCUUACUGAUAUGAAGGACAUUAAAGAGGAAGCAGAAAUCAGGUCAGAUCUCCACUCAAUACCUUCUAACAAGACUCCGGGUUCUGAUGGUUUCACUGCAGUGUUCUACAUAGCUGCCUGGCCGAUUAUUUCUGCUGACUUUGUGGUUGCGGUUCAGUCAUAUUUUCUGUACGGAUUCAUGCCGCAUGGUGUCAAUGCUACCAUGCUCUGCUUAGCCCCGAAAACGAUUGAUGCUCAAACCAUGUGUGAUUAUAGGCCUAUUGCUUGCUGCAAUCUGAUAUAUAAGGUCAUUUCAAAGAUUAUUGCUAAUAGGCUCAAGCAGAUUCUGCCGGAAGGUAUGGUUUCGAAUCAGAGUGCUUUCAUUAAAGGUCGUUUGCUGCUUGAAAACGUCCUCCUGGCAACGGAACUAACCAAGGACUAUCAUAAAGACUCUAUUUCGGCUUGA